CCACACCACUCUUAGUCAAAACAACUUUCAACACCUCCACGCGCGACACUCCGCCGAAGCAGGCGCUGAAAUCUUGGGGCAACGCGCUUUUAACGCUGCGAUUCAAGAUGAACGCAGCCCUGGUAGCACUCUUAUUCGUCGCAGUGACCAUAACAAGCACUUCGGCAACAACCCUUCCUGACUGCACGAAGUUCACGUGCAAUCCGGACACUUGCCCACAGAGGCAGUGUGCCUGUGGAACCUACAAGGACACCUGCGGUUGCUGUGACGUCUGCUACAAGUGUCCCGGUGCCGAGUGCAACCUGUGGAUCCUCGACGCUUGCACCGACGACCACAAAUGUGUCCUGGAAGAUCCUGCCAAGCCGUUCGAAAUCGGCGGAGUGGGACACUGCACACCUACCAACGCCACUGAUGCCUCACCUACGUCUUAAUAGUGAUCAUUUAGUCAUCAGAUAUUUCCUAAAUACAGAAAUAAAGAUAUUAUCAACAGGA